UAACUCAAACACCAAGAUCUCCAAACAGUACACUGCCUUCCUAUCAACUUUCUAAGAAAACUCCCUCAACCUGCUUCAUUAAAUUUAAUUUGAGUAUCUUGGUUAAUCAAACUGAUUUCUGAACUUGCAGUUGUGAAAUUGACUAUUAACAGUAGUAUAAGAGUCCUACCGUCAAUCAAACCCUAACCCCGCCCCUUGACCCCCCCUUAAGCCCUGCCCCUUGACCCCUUGGUCCCUCCCGCUUGUCACCGGAAGUCGCACCCCAUGGGUGUAUUACUUCCGGGGUCAAGGUGCCACCUGACCGGAAGCAAGGUGUGUCAUGUGACCCCUCUAAGAACUCCUCCCACCACCCUCUACCAAUCAGGAGGGGUUUUGUCCCAAGAGGAUCUCCCCAAGAGGAGAUUUUGACCAAUCAGGGUGACUUCCUGGGCAGGGGUGAACCAUCCGGAAGUGGGUCAUGUGACCCCUCUAAGAACUCCCCCCACCACCCUCUACCAAUCAGGAGGGGUUUCGUCCCGACAGGACCACCCCGAGAGGAGAUUUUGACCAAUCAGGGUCACUUCCGGGGUGGGGGUGACCCCUCCGGAAGUGAGUCGUGUGACCCCACUAAGAACUCCUCUGAAGGCCCUCCACCAAUCAGAGUGCAGCACCAUUACCCCAUAAAUCCCAGCGCCAGACAAAGGAGGCGGCCAUCUCUUACCAAGCUUUUUGAAAUUGCGAAAAGGCUGCUGAGAGGAAACAUGGACUCCUUCACCAUCCCCAGGAGAACUUCGGACUUUGUUUUAGCCCCGAGGGUCUUUGACCAUCCACGGAGAAAGCGCUACAUCAGUGACAGUUCUGAGGAGGAGGAGGGAGCGACCGAGGGGAGCCCUUUGGCCCCGCCGUUGCUGGAUACACCGGAACCCGACCCCGAAACCCUCAUGAGAGACCCCGAUGAGCAUGGCGGUCUCUCUUUGUCCACCCCCUCAGAGGUGGAAGGCGAUUGCGGUUCGGGGGAGUCACCGGCGGACAAGGCGAACGGAAAAGACUGUGCUCAGCUCGACAAUGCCUUUCUAGAGGACCCAGAGGCCCUGGACAGUGUUGCAUCAAGCAGCGAAGAUGAACCUGGUCCACCAUGUUUUUGCUCAACACUGAUACAAGUUGUUGAAGAGGACUCUGAGGAUGAUGGCUAUGAGGAGUUUAGGAGGCGGCUUGGGAUAGAACUAACUGAGCCAGUGCCAUGUCAUGAGCGUAAAAAAGUCAUGCGGACUAUUGUACGCGUUGCUGUUUAUGCUAUCCUUAAACACUGCCUUAGGGAAAAGUUUUUUGAAGAUUGUGAGGGCUGUGUCAUAGAUGCACCAGGGCAAAGGCACCAUGACUGUGUGACUUGGACUUCAGUGGAUAUAAACUGCAAGCUCCAGGGCCUAUGUGCCGAGCUGUGUUUGGAAAGCUUAUUAAACACUAUUAUUGCCAUAGGUUAUGGUAUGCAAUGUCUGUGCCUAACCCAAGAACAUUUAGCGCAAGGGGUGACCUUGAUAAAUGCUGUACAAUUCAGUGCAGACCCUGACCGUGUUCUAAAGAAAAUGACCAAACCGGAAAAUGCCUGCUUACAGCGUUAUAUUGACCGUCUAGUCCGCACAGAGAGUUACAGAACCCUGCUUAAGAAAAAGACUAUUUGUAAGAAAUCUAAAAGGACUAAGUUAGAGAAUGGUGAGGGGACAAACAUGCGAUAUAAAACUUGGUAGCUGUAAAAAAAUUUUUAAAAAAGAGGGGGUUUGUGACUAUCUGUGUUUUGUUAGAAGGCCUUUGGCCCUUAAGUGAGCUAAAAAGUUUUAAUGAAGCAGUUUGGUUUGUUUUCAAGGAGCUGUACGUUUUUUAAAAUAAAAAAAUAAAUUGCUUGUGAGAAUUAGCUCUUUUGUUUUUGUGUGCAUAUAGCAAAAAGCUUAAAUGUAUGUUGUGGUGGGGGAAGGGAAAAAAUCCUAAAAAUGU